UGGUGGGAGAGUUGAGAGUUUUACUGUCAAACAUGUUGUCUCCUCUCACUGCGCUGACAUCAGAGGUGCUGGGGCCGUAUCAUCCUCAACAAAGUCACUGAGUUCCUCGUGUCAGAAUUGCAAGCGAGUUUUGUCAGGAAUAUGAAGAUGAUGCUGACAAAGACAGAAGGACGGGAUGAGAUGCAGGCAGAAUGGAUAUUACUGCUGCAUGUCCUGGACAUGGACACCUCCUCUCAAUUUACAGAUGUGCUGAGUGAGGUGGAAUCAAAGCUUACCGUGUGGAGACAUGACAAACCCGCUUCUGAACACCAGCCUCAGCUCAGAGCAGUGGUUAAAAAGAUCAAUCAAGUUCUGUCAGAGGACUAUCAGUGUCGGCGACAAAUGAUGAUCAAACGCUUUCCGGUUACACUUGAGUCAUUUGCAUGGGGAGAAAAACAAAAGGUAGUUCUUGGCACCACAGUGUCUCACCAGCGCUGUCCAGGGUGCUGAUUCUGGGUCUGCCAGGGAUGUGACACCCAUCCUGUCAGUUAAGUUGGACGAGAGUUAUAGAAUUUGUAGAAUUUAAGUGAGGGUGAUACUGACUUUAACACAUUCACUCGUACAUUUAUCUUUAUGGUUUGAAUACAAGGAAUAGGUUUAGUGUGUAUAGGCUACUGCUUACAACAGUAACAGUGGAUGACGCUGGAAAGGUCGCCUGAGAAACAGCAGUCCAUACCACAUAGAGACAUAAAGUGUAACACAACUUUCUACAUACUGUUUGUACUGUACCUCAUCCAAAACAAAUAGUAGUAUGAGAAGACCACAAAGAGGUUUGGAGUACUUUGCCAGGUGUUUAUGUUUCUGUCAGUGUGUCUGUGGACAGAUUAUGUGACCACGAUAAAGUCACAACCGUGCAAUAUGUAGUUACGAAACUUUACAGGUGUGUAGUUGAGAUCAAAAUGAAGGUUGAGAUCAAAGAUGGGUGUGGUCUGAGCAAGGGCGCUGGAAGUAGGGGGGUAGGAA